CAACUGGGAACAAGCAGUGCGAACACAACUUGUUGACAGCUUGUGAACAGAUUUGUAACAAGUUGUUUGCAAACCUGCAACAACUUGUGCGUUUUUACGUGUGUACACACGUAAAAGUCUCACAACUUGUCAACAAGAUGUGUUCGCAACAAGCUUGUAGCAAGCUUGUCAACAAGUUGUAACAAUGCUGUUAUUUUAUCAAGUUGCUACAAGGUUGUUACUCACAACUUGUUAUCAAAUUGUUGAAUUGCAGGACGAGAACAAGUUGUUGGAACAACAUGUAAAAAGUCUGUUGAGCAAAACAACCUUGUAGCAAGUUGUCAACAAGCCGUUAACAACUUGUCAACAAGCUGGGAACAAGCAGUUCGAACACAUCCUUGGAACAGCAUAACAGCAUUGCACAACUGCUGCUGCAGUUUGUUACCUUAUCCAGCUUUUACAUAUAGAGCAGUGUAUUAGGGCAGUGCAUGAUAAGCACUGUUACUUUAGGAUAUAUGUAGGAUCUUGAAGGACAUUCGUUGGUUUUCAAUAUGGCGACAAAAACUACAAUUUCAGGUUUUGAAACAAUUCGAGUCAAAUUUGACAAAAAUACAGAAGCUUUUCACGUUAUGUAUUUGAAAAGUCAUUCUGUGAGAGAGGAGAACAAACAUACGCCAAAUGGUAGGACGUUAUUCGUGUUAAAUGUGCCUCCUUAUUGCUCAAAGGUUGGUAGAAUUUUCAUCUUUUCACAUGAUAGAUUAAUAUAAAACACAGAUCAUUCGUCUAGACGUGUAAUUCCUCUGAUGGAUCAGACGCCAUAGUGUAAAUACAAAUCAAGGCGAAUUUGCCAAAGGAACUGGCUAGAAUACUGAGAAUGGACCACAAGUUUGUCAAUAAUCAAUCUUUUAUAAAUAUUAUAAGGUGUAAAGGUGUAUUAAUACCCUCCAAUCUUCAUAUUUGGCAGAAAUGGACCCCAUAAUUGAAAUCUUUAUGCUAAAAUUAGUCUGUACCGAAAAUGUCAUGAUGAUUGGAUAUUCAGCACGUGAGUUUAUACAGCAUUUGGAAUUAUUUUUACUAUAGAUUUGUAUGGAAUUUCCACUGCAAUGAAGAUUUUCCAAUUGCCAUAACUCUCGUCCUAAAUGUCCAAACAUCAUAAAGUUUUUAGCUUGGACUAAUUUGAGUAUGACGAUUUCGAUUGGGUCAUUCCAGAAAACAUCCAUACCACCCCCACAGAGGAAAUUGGAAGUGAACACCCCUACCCCCUUCGGAUGUCCUAAUACAUUUACUAUUAUCACAAACAAUGUUUUCUCCCCUCCCCCUCCGGACGGCAGAAAUUUCCUCCGUGGGGAAAUGUGGAUCUUUUCUGGAACGACCCAUUCUGAGAACCAUUUUUGGCAAAGAUCUGUAGAUAGUGCGAUGAAAAAUUUGAUGACAUCGGAUCAGAGAAUGGCUCAUUUAAUGACUGUAUAUUUUAGGCUGCGCUACGGAAUGUGUUUGCUGGUUGUGGUGCAAUUCAGAAUAUACACAUUCAGAAACAGCCUGGUCCAGUCACUGAAAAAAAGAAAUCGUUUUUCAACCUGGAAGAUAAAACAAUAGUAUGUUUAAAAUUAAUAGUACAUGUUUUCCAUUGUGGAAUGAUAUUAUUGGCAGUUUUAUUUAAGUUGCUAUUUUCUGUCAGAUAUUUAACCCAUUGAGUGGCAACACUCUCCACUUGACGAGUAAAAUUGUCUGGCGAUAGACAGAGUAAAAUACUAAAGUAGGGUGUAUUUAAUUUGAACCUUGCUCUUGACCAUGUGAUUGUCUUAUUUUGAAGGGAUUUAAGGGUGCAUAUGUAGUUUUCAAGAAGGAAUCUUCACUACAAAAAGCUCUGCAGUUGAGCUCGGAAAUAAGAUAUUUUUCAACUGAAGAUAAACCUAUUGAAACUGGAAUAAACAGUAAGUUUUUUGCUGAUGGUUUAUGUCCUAGGUCUAUUCAUAGUUGGGCGUAAAAAAAAAUAUCUGUGGUUCCGGUUCCCGACCGACCCUAUUUUUUUCUGCCGACCCUAUUAUUUUUUCAACUUGAUUGACCAUGCGACCCUAUUUUCUCCGGGUGGUUGCAGGUUGCUGCCAAAAUGGCGUCUGUUCUCACACUAAUUAUUGAAAGAACUAUGAAAAAAAAUAUUCAAAAAAAAAUUAUUUCCGACCUACCGACCCUAAUUUUUUUGCGAUAUGAAACCGGAACCACAGGUUUUGUUUUUUUACGCCUUGUUAUAUAUUUCUUAUUUGAUCACAUUUUCAGAGUGGUGCAAGGAAUAUGCUUCGAAUUAUCCAAACGCAACAAAACUACAGAAAGAAAUAGAUCAAUUUAUGGAAGAAUUUGACAAAAAAAAAGAAGAGGUAUUUAACCCACUGAGUGGCAGUGCUCUCUCUGUAAAGUAAAAUCAUCUGGUGUUAGUAAUAAAUAUAAGUAAAGUAAAGCACAUCAAGAUAUAUUGUCGCUUAAUAAAGGCUUAAUAUAUGAUUGACAUCCAUAUUUUGUUAAGUAUCUUGGAGAACAUUGUACUAAUAAAAUGCCCGGCUGGCAAAUGUAUGAUGAGUAGCAGGGCUCAUAGUUUACUGAAAACUUGCUUCAGAGAGGGACCAUCUUUAACUCAUUUAGUGCCAGUGUUCUUCCCUUGACAAGUAAAAUCAUCUGGCAUUAGACAGAGUAAAUUGGCUUGC